AUGUCGGCACUUCAACAGCAAAUGUUGGGAGAGCAUCUGAUCCGUGCUGCUCAGGUUAUGGAGGAGCAAAUCGAUCAGGAAAUGAAUAAGUGAGUUGGGUUUUUCCAAAGUUUGAAAAGAUAACCGAAAAAAGACAAAAAGACAAAAAGAUGGGCCGAACCGGGGAUUGAACCCGGGACCUCUCGCACCCAAAGCGAGAAUCAUACCACUAGACCAUUCGGCCACGUUUGAAAAUAGAUAAAAUUCAAAAGAAGAGAUUUUCCAUAUCUUCCAACAAGAGAUUUUCUAGAUCUCUUCGAAUUAGGAAAAUUGGGUUGAAAAACCGGUUUUCCGUGUAGGGAUAUUCUAUAUCUUUUGAAGUAAAACGGAUAUUAAACGUGGCCGAAUGGUCUAGUGGUAUGAUUCUCGCUUUGGGUGCGAGAGGUCCCGGGUUCAAUCCCCGGUUCGGCCCAUCUUUUUGCUAGGCAUGAAAUAAAACAUAAUUUUUGUCAGGCUCGAAAAUUUGGAAGAAGAUGAUCUUGAAGCAAUCCGCAGAAAACGAAUGGACCAAAUUAAAAAGGCUCAAAAAAGUAAACAAGAUAUGAUUUCAAAUGGCCACGGAAAAUACGAAGAAGUCGCCGAUGAAAAAGAGUUCUUCGAAGCCACCAAAAAAAGCGACAAAGUUGUCUGCCUCUUCUAUCUACCAGGAAAUUUCCGAUGCAAAAUCGUUGACAAACAUUUCGAGAUUCUCGCCCGAAAAUAUGUUGGAACUAGAUUCAUUCAUGUGAAUGCGGAAAAAGUGCAUUUUUUGACAACCAGAUUGAAUAUUCGAGUCAUUCCAACUAUUGCAAUCAUCGUGGUAAGCGAAAACUUUGUGAGAAAAUUUUAAUUUUAAAUUGUUAUUUUUUGUAGAAACAAAAAACUGUUGAUUAUAUUCGAGGAUUCGAUGAAUUGGGAGGAAAAGACGAGUUCACCACAGAGGUUUGUUUAUUAUUUUUUGUAAAUAAAUGAUGAUAUAAAAUAAUUUAUCGAUUUUCUAUUCUAGACUAUGGAGAAUCGUUUGGCUAAAAGUGAAGUGAUCACAAUUGAAAAACGUCAACCAGUUCAGCAAAAGAAAAAAAUCAUUCGUUGUGGAGUUGACGAAUAUGAUAAUGAAGAAGAUUGGUGA